UCGCUAGUGGACUUUCUACAAUUCAGUUUCCGCCCAUUCAACUCCCGGCGUUCAAACGUCAUUCGAAUUCCGUCGCGUUGCUUUGAACGUCACGGGUGGCGGGAGCGGGAACGAGUUCGUAAUUUGGUUCCUGUCUUCUGGGGAGGGAAGUCCCGUCCGUCGCGCAGCUUCAGUCCCUUCGUCCGAGCAGCCUCUAGGAGUCCAGCCCUUCACAUUUGACAGUCGUCUCUGUCCCAUCUUCGCCUCGGAGCUGCUAACUGGUCUCGAACCCCUCAGCACUUGAGCUUCUAGCGGCGAUGCACGUGAUCAAGCGAGAUGGCCGCCAAGAGCGAGUUAUGUUUGACAAAAUUACAUCACGAAUCCAGAAACUCUGUUAUGGGCUCAAUAUGGACUUCGUUGAUCCUGCUCAGAUCACCAUGAAAGUAAUCCAAGGCCUAUAUAGCGGGGUCACCACAGUGGAACUGGACACCCUGGCUGCUGAGACAGCUGCGACCUUGACCACGAAGCACCCGGACUAUGCCAUCCUGGCAGCAAGGAUUGCUGUCUCUAACUUGCACAAAGAAACAAAGAAAGUGUUCAGUGAUGUGAUGGAGGAUCUCUACAACUACAUAAAUCCGCACAACGGCAAACAUUCUCCCAUGGUGGCCAGCUCAACACUCGACAUUGUUAUGGCCAAUAAGGAUCGCCUGAAUUCUGCCAUUAUCUAUGACCGAGAUUUCUCUUAUAACUACUUUGGCUUUAAGACGCUGGAACGGUCAUAUUUGCUGAAGAUCAAUGGAAAAGUGGCUGAAAGACCACAGCAUAUGUUGAUGCGGGUAUCUGUGGGGAUUCACAAAGAAGAUAUUGAUGCUGCAAUUGAAACCUACAACCUCCUUUCUGAGAAGUGGUUUACUCAUGCCUCUCCUACUCUCUUCAAUGCUGGGACCAACCGCCCACAGCUGUCCAGCUGUUUCCUCUUGAGUAUGAAAGAUGACAGCAUUGAAGGAAUUUAUGAUACUCUGAAGCAGUGUGCCUUGAUUUCUAAGUCUGCUGGGGGAAUUGGUGUUGCUGUGAGUUGUAUCCGGGCCACUGGUAGCUACAUCGCUGGGACUAAUGGCAAUUCUAAUGGCCUUGUGCCAAUGCUAAGAGUAUAUAACAACACAGCUCGUUACGUGGAUCAAGGUGGAAACAAGCGCCCGGGGGCAUUUGCUAUUUACCUGGAGCCUUGGCACUUGGACAUCUUUGAGUUCCUUGACUUGAAGAAGAACACCGGCAAGGAAGAACAGCGAGCACGGGACCUCUUCUUUGCACUUUGGAUCCCAGAUCUCUUCAUGAAGCGAGUGGAGACUAACCAGGACUGGUCACUGAUGUGUCCCAAUGAGUGUCCUGGUCUGGACGAGGUCUGGGGUGAGGAGUUCGAGAAGUUAUAUGAAAGUUACGAGAAGCAGGGUCGUGUCCGAAAAGUUGUGAAAGCUCAACAGCUUUGGUAUGCCAUCAUUGAGUCUCAGACAGAGACGGGUACCCCGUACAUGCUCUACAAAGAUUCCUGUAACCGGAAGAGCAACCAGCAGAACCUGGGGACCAUCAAAUGCAGCAACCUUUGUACAGAAGUAGUAGAGUACACCAGUAAAGAUGAGGUUGCAGUUUGUAACUUGGCUUCUCUGGCUCUGAAUAUGUAUGUCACACCAGAACAUACGUAUGACUUUGAGAAAUUGGCAGAAGUCACUAAAGUCAUUGUCCGAAAUCUGAAUAAAAUAAUUGAUAUAAACUACUACCCUAUUCCAGAGGCACACUUAUCAAAUAAGCGCCACCGGCCCAUUGGAAUUGGGGUUCAAGGUCUAGCAGAUGCUUUCAUCCUGAUGAGAUAUCCCUUUGAGAGCCCAGAAGCCCAGUUAUUAAAUAAGCAAAUCUUUGAAACCAUUUAUUAUGGAGCCCUGGAAGCCAGCUGCGAACUAGCCAAGGAGUAUGGCCCCUACGAAACGUAUGAGGGAUCUCCAGUCAGCAAAGGUAUUCUUCAGUAUGAUAUGUGGAAUGUUAUUCCUACAGACCUGUGGGACUGGAAGCUUCUCAAGGAGAAGAUUGCAAAGUAUGGUAUAAGAAACAGCUUACUUAUUGCCCCAAUGCCUACUGCUUCAACUGCUCAGAUUCUGGGGAAUAAUGAGUCCAUUGAGCCUUACACCAGCAACAUCUACACUCGCAGAGUCUUGUCAGGAGAAUUUCAGAUUGUGAAUCCUCACUUACUGAAAGACCUUACUGAGCGGGGCUUGUGGAAUGAAGAGAUGAAAAAUCAGAUUAUUGCAUGCAAUGGCUCCAUUCAGAGCAUACCUGAAAUUCCCGAUGACCUGAAGCAACUCUAUAAGACCGUGUGGGAAAUCUCUCAAAAGACUGUUCUCAAGAUGGCAGCCGAGAGAGGUGCUUUCAUCGAUCAAAGCCAGUCUUUAAACAUCCAUAUUGCUGAGCCCAACUACGGCAAACUCACUAGUAUGCACUUCUAUGGUUGGAAGCAGGGUUUAAAGACUGGGAUGUAUUAUUUAAGGACAAGACCUGCCGCUAAUCCAAUCCAGUUCACUCUGAACAAGGAAAAGCUGAAAGAUAAGGAAAAGGCACUAAAGGAGGAAGAAGAGAAGGAGAGGAACACAGCAGCCAUGGUGUGCUCUUUGGAGAACAGAGAGGAGUGUCUGAUGUGUGGAUCCUGAGAAAAGAAAGGCCUGGGAAAACCAGCCGGCUCUCCUUUCCGCCACGGCAGACUAUUUGAGCAUAGAUAGACAUAGUGGGUUUCCUUGAUUACCAGCAACCUUUGAAAGAAACCCUUGUUUUACAGUACAUAGUGUAAAUGUCAUUUUUAAUAAAACAGAAAACCAAAGCCAGCUUUGAUAUUAGGAAUCAAAGUAGAGGUUUUGGGAAUACAAAAGAAACUUCCUGGAAAUAGUGAUGUGGUUCAGAAAGUCUCAUCUCUGUCUCCAGCUUUCCGUAUCUGACUGUCUCUCAGUUUGGGCAAAGAGAUUUAGUUUGAUUUGACUGAUUGCCUAGAAGUAAAAUCAAGCAAUAACUCAUCAGCUGAAGACCUUUGUCUAGACAAACUUAUAUAGAUCAUUUUGAAAUAAAAAUUUCUAAGUGAUUGUGUGGUAGUAAAUUUGUCAUCUAUUUUACACUCUGUUGUCAGAGAGACAAAACUUUAAAGACAUUAUUUAGAUUGUAUAGAUACCUAAUGUCAACAAUUCCCUUUCCUGCCCCAGGAUUAAAUCU